AAGUAUCCGAGGGUAUGCCCAGUGCACGAUACGCGUCUCGUCCGUCAGCUUCUGGCUGGGUCCUUCGUCUUCGAGGAUAUCGUCGCGCUGCUGGCGAUCCGUAGGUCCCGGGACGGAGAAUCAGUAAACAGACCCGCACGAGUCCUGCCUCGCUGACGACUGUCUGUCUGUCCGUCUGUCUUCCUUUGUCUCUGUCCGGAUAUCUGAAAACUCGCGAUGAGAGGAAUUACGAACGUCGUCGUCCGGUCGUCACGUUGCCACCGGCUCCUACUGGUCCUCCUACUGUCGGCAUGCGCCAGCGCGGAAAUCGAGAGACGCACCUCGAGGCAGAUGGUGGAGGAGGCGCCGGAGAAUCUGGCGCCGAAUCUGAACAAGGACUGCGGCAAGUCGUACAGUGCCACGUGCCUCAAGCUGGACGUGGUGUCCUUCUUGGAUAAACUGUCGGAGCAGGAGGACAUCGGUAUCCUGCCGGGUGUAUCUGUGAUCAAGGAGAACGGCUCCGCCGACGUCCCGACGUCGGAGGUGGUCGCCAAUCUUGCGAGGGACUUCCCGAACGACGUCGAGAAGAGGCUGGACGCGUACCUGGUCCACAAGGUCGGCAGCUACCUCAACAGCCACUCGAUCUCCAUCAAGCUCUUCGAUCCGAAGACCUUCGAGGCCGCUAGAAGCUUCAACGAGGAGACGCUCGCGCAACUCGGCUUGGGCGGCAACCAAAAUGUCGAGACAGGACGUAAGAAAGACAAAGGCGGCCACGGCGCCCUGAUGGCCGGCCUGAUGAUGAUGAAGGGAACUUUGGGCGCGGUGGGAUUCGGCGCGCUGGCCCUCCUGGCCGGAAAAGCCCUGAUGACCGGUCUGAUGGCGCUCAUGCUGUCCGCGAUCAUCGGGCUGAAGUCGUUGGCGAGCCAUGGCGACAAGAAGACCACAUACGAGAUCGUCAGCAAGCCCGUGUACUCCAGCUCGCACACGCACAGCUCGGAGGAGCACCACGGCCACGGAUACGGGCACUCCGGAUACGGCAGGUCCCUGGACUCCGUGCACGACUCCCUGCAGCAGGCCGUGCUCAAGUACGGCAACGCGCGCGAUCGCAGAUCGAUCUUGCAGAAUUAAUCGAUUAAUCCGAUCAUCUGACCCGGCCGAGAUGGGUUCUCGCGCGAGCGCGACCUCGCCGGCACACGACGCAAUUCGUUAGCACACAUCUCUACCUCACCGAAUUUUCCCGCUCUGUCCUCCCUUCAGCCUCUUCAUGCACUGUCGCUGUCAUCUGUACUCUUUCUCUCUUUUUUCUUUCUCUUCUUCCUCCCCCUCACAUUCUUUCGCCCUCAUCUCGCUCUGCGCCACACUUCGUUUCAUUCCAUUUCAUUCCGAUUUUCUCCCGUCAUCAAGGUACCAACCCUCGCUCAGUCUCAUCUCAUCGCUCCCUCUCCACGAGAGUAAUCGCCCUUAUUAUUAUUUAUAGUUACUUAGGCGUAUUUAUUGCGGCCGUCGUUGCGUUCUCGAUCGGCCCCAGACCGCCGAGAGGAGCUCGUAUCAUCGCCGCCCGCGCGAAUUCACCAAGAUCAUGUACAUGAUUUUUGAAUAUUUAUUUCGUUAUUGUAAAGUUGUGUAAUAAAAGAACACGUUUGUAAAAACCCUAA